AUGGGGACCGUCUGCAGCGACAAAGCAAACUCAGAAAGUCUGGUGCCUGUCAGAGCCCUUUGUGCUGUAGUGAUAAAGGUAGACGUGUGCAGAACUAAAUUAGAACUCUGUUCCCAAGUGUCCCGGACCCAGCUGCGGGAACACGGGCGCAGGGCCCACGCCCCUCUACGCCCGGCCCAGGCCCACCUGGGAAACCGCAGGGCUCCUCAGAUCACAGCUGGAAGGGUCAGCAGGCCCCCGAGCCUGUGGGGCAGACGCGGCCAGCCUUGGCCAGCCUCUGUGAUCCCGAGUGAGGCUCCUAUCUUGCAUCCUGGGGUCCAGGGCACUGGAGGCCCUCGGGGCCCCGUCCGUGACCCCAGGCUGGCCCGUCUCCCGCUGGUGGGCUUCCUGUGGCCGGCCCUGUGCCUGCCCGGAGCCGGGGGGCAGCAGGACCUGGAGGGCCUGCCUGGGACACCCACACCCGCUACCAACUCGAGUCCCAGAACGAAGCCGGGGGCGGGGCAAACACUGCCCGGAGACGCAGGCCCUGCCAGGAAUUCGGGGUUCAAACAGGCGACCUGCAGGGUUUUGAAUGCUCCCAUUCUAAACUUGGGAAGGUCCCAGCAGGUGAAUUUGUCCAGCACAACUGUCCUCUGUAACCCUCCCUCCAGCGUGGGGACCCGAGAGCGGGCCGAGGGGCUCCGCUUGGUCCUGGGGAUCUGGGUGUCGGAAGCUGUUGCCCUCGGGGGGGGAGCCCUUGGUGCCUGCAACCCAUGCACUGGGGUGCCCAUCAAGGGCUGACUGCUGGGCAGGGUGUGGGGACAGCACCCCACGACUCCUGCCCCCUUGCACUCAUGCAUCCCACACACGAGGGCCCUGCACGCCCCCUUAUCGGGGGAUGGUCUGUAAACCGGGAGAUGGACGCACGCCCAGGAUGACCUCAGCUGGUGACAGUGUGAGGACAGAGCGUGCAGCCUGGGGGUGACUGGGUGACAAGGUCGGGGGAGGCCCCUCGAGGAGGUGACAUCCCACUCCCUCCAGGGACAGAACAGCCCCCCACCCUCCCACCCACACUCCGGGCCCUGCCUGCCUGCCUUCCUGCCCGGAGACCCGGGACCUCACAAGCAGCCUCUCCUCCUGCAAAUGUUCAAGCACCAUACCAGCAUCUGCUUCUUCCAGUAAAAUUCUGGCCAAGCACCAUCUGUUUCCUCUUCCUUCCCCUCUACCAUUAGCACGAGGAGGUGACGUUACAUCUGUUUGCAAGGACGGGGCGUCCACGGCAGGUCAGAUGUGGUGGCUGGAGGGUGGCUAGACUCGCCAGCUGAGUGACUGCCGCCCACGGUCCCAGUCAAAUUCCCACCUUAGGACACUUACUGAGAGCCUCACGCAGUUAGUCCACGGAUGCCAAGAACCUACCAGGUUUUCCCCGUGGGGAUUCAGGUGGCCAGAUCUCUGUCCCAGGCAUCCGUGCCAGCAAAUUACGUCCCAUCUGAAGGAUUGUUGAGCUUACAAGGAACCCACUGAAGUAGCUCAAGUUAAGGGAGGAUUUAGGAAAAGCGAUUCCUAAAUUCCAGGAGGUCCCAGGCCAGGACACAAGGCAAGGCUAGGUCCUGGUGGGCUGCACCAGGAGAGCGGGUGAUGGGACACCCCCCCUCUUUCCCGACAGCUUGGCUGCUCACUGUUCGUCCCUGUUUCCCGGGAAGCCGGCAGCAGGCAUGUGGCUUCAGCC